CCCACGGAGUCGGUGAACUUGUGCGAUACAAUUUGUGCGACACCCUGCGAGUAGCCCCGCGCGCUCAGCUGUCCGAAGGGAAUCGGGAGAGAGAGAGAGGAGGGUCAGGGCGCUCGAAUGUAUCUUGGAAAGGGCUGCUGCAUCCGCGAACGAAAGGAAGAGACGUUUGGGACGGACCUUCGCGUUAUCCAUCGUAUCGUUUUGCCUGCGAGACUCGCAUACGCGACCCCACACGAUGGUACUGGUCCUGUUGAUACCUAUAAUCGGAUUUGUGGCAGCAAAUCCUUUUCCAAACACUCUGAACGACCGCUUAAUCCCUCAAGUCCAAAAAGCGCUUUCGCUUUCCACGGAGAAUCGUUUGAACACGCUGGAUGGCGGUUCGGACAAAAGAAACGAAACGGUGGAAAAUAUCAAAGAAACUCCAUCAACCCCGGAGUAUGUCCGUCAUCUCGCAACUUCCGAAUCGGAGAUACGUGAGAAUGAGGCGGAUGAGAAACGGGUGCAAGGACGAAAGCACAAAGCUAUGUUCGUAGACUAUCCUCUGAUAUCGCAUAUCUUGCAUUACCCGAGGGUGCCCACCUAUGAAAUCGAUUACAACGACAACACCGAGCUGACGACGCAGGAUAGAUCGUCGGGCGCGUCUAGGAGAUACCAAGAGAGCGAUAUCUUCUACAUCCGACUCCCGCCCAUUCCAUAUAUGUUCGUACCCGGUCUCGGAUACAUCUCGCAACCGCCUACGUACCCGGGCGCUUCCCUGAAGCCCCAGAUACCCCUCGUGCCGCAACUAGUCCAGCUGCAUCAGCAGCUACACGUGAGACCCGCGCGACCUCAGCCGGCCUCUCAGCAGACCGUUAAUCCCUUCAUCAAACUGCCUAUAGACUUCAUAAGCAACGGCAAGCCCACCUCCGUCUAUCAGUGGCAGAAGAAGCCUGGCAAGAAGCCAACCGACAGUCCCAUCACGAACCUGGACAACCUGUCGGCCGACUUCGUGAACAACGGUAAGCCGACCUCUAUUUAUCAGUGGCAGACGAAUUUCAAGCCGGCAAAGAGGCCGGAUGAUUCGCUCAACAGCCUCGAUAUGGGACCCUACACCUUCAAUGGCAAGCUGACCAGUAUGUAUCUGCUCGAAUCGGACGACACCACCUCGAUGCGUCAGGCCAUACGACAUUCCAAUUAGCAAAACGCGCGCACGACUAAAUUUGUCUGAUUACGUUGAAAGUUGGGAACAACCACAACACAGAAGGAAUUUAAUUAAUUAAUGUCUCUCUCUCAAGGCGGACGUAACAUGAGUGACAAGUAUUCCGCGAGUUGGCGAGCACAUUUAAUGUCAGUUUCAACCUUGGCGGGAGCAGCCGAGUGAAUCUGACUAUAGUGCUGACCAAGCUUAUAACAGUAUUCGCGAUAAUAAUAUUAAUAUCGAACAAUGUUUCAGAUUCAUGACUGACGUUACAUAAUAUUCAUAAUUUAUAUCUUGUACCAUCAUUAUAUUAACUCGUCGUAUUACCGUAAUUAUUGAAACCGUAAUUACUGAAAUCUUGUUGCUCGUUGUACGGAAACAUUACAAAAUACAUGAAAAUAUGGCAUUACAACGUUAGAGUAUAAUAAUGUUAGAAGUUUGUCAAAUUGAAUGAAGAAUUUGAUCAGUUGCUCCACAUAGGGAAUUAUUGAAAAUUAUUUCAAGCAAAAAGAGGGGCAUAUAUUGAGAGUGUAACGCGGUUGUCAAUGUUAUCCAUUAAGUUAUCCGUUUAAUGUUCAUUAAUUAGUAAUAGGAUAUAAUAUGUAUAAUUCAUCGAGCGUUUCGGCUCUACUUUGAGCCAUCUUCAGCAAUGCGGUAGCAAGUCUCUAUUUGCUAAAAUAAUCUCGCGUUUUCGAACGAACCACAGAUGAGUGUUUCCAGAUUGAAUGGUCUAAAAGCAAUGUAUUUCACACGAAGAGAUCCGAGUGAAAUUUUGACAAAUGAUCAUAGUCUUAUUACUAAUUAAAGAACGUUAAACUGAUAAUCGAGUAGCAUUCUCAAUGCUCCCUUUUUCGUUCGUUACUUAUUUAAUUUCACAUUAUCAGGAGUCCUUAGUUAAUUAUCUAUUUAAUU